AUGUCUGUUUCCAUCAUCACCUACCCAAGCAACCCACGUGCUUGCAAGUCAUUGAUUGCCGCCAAGUACACUGGCGUCAACAUUGAGAUCCCCAACGUCGAUCUCUCUCAGCUUGCCACCAACAAGCCAGUCGAGCUGAUGAACGCCAACCCAUUCGGAAAGGUCCCAGCCGCCAUGACCCCACAGGGCCCACUGUUCGAGUCCAACUCCAUCGCCAGAUACGUUGCUCGUCAGGGUGGUAACAAGAUCUACGGAAACGACGCCUACGAGGCCUCCGUCAUCGACCAAUGGUUGGACUUCUCCUCCAACGAGAUUGAGUCUGCCGCCGUUGCAUGGCUCUACCCAAUCCUCGGCUACGGUCAGUUCAACGCCAAGGAGACCCAGAAGGCCAAGGACAACAUCAAGAAGACCUUGACCACCCUCAACACCCACCUCCAGUCCCGCUCUUUCCUCUGCGGUGCCCGCGUCACCCUUGCUGACAUCGUCGUCACCUGCUCGUUGCUCGGAUUCUACAAGAUGGUGUUCGACCCAUCCUACAGAUCCACUUUCCCCAACGUCAACCGUUGGUUCACCACCUGUGUCAACCAGCCAAACUUCAAGGCCGUCCUCGGAGAGGUCGCCCUCGCUGCCACCAUGAUGGAGCCAAAGAAGGAGGAGAAGGCUGCCCCAGCCCCAAAGCCCGCUGCCCCAAAGAAGGAGGAGAAGCCAGCUGCCCCAAAGGAGGAGAACCUCGAUGACGAGGAGGAGGAGAAGCCAAGAAAGGUCAACCCACUCAGCUUGCUCCCACCAUCCAAGUUCAACUUGGAGGAGUGGAAGAGAAUGUACUCCAACAACGAGACCCGUCCAGUCGCCCUUCCAUGGUUCUGGGAGAACUACGAUGCUGAGGGAUUCAGCGUCUACCUGUGCACCUACAAGUACGCCAGCGAGCUCGGCCAGGUCUUCAUGACCAGCAACUUGAUCGGAGGUUUCUUCCAGCGUCUCGAGACCCUCCACAAGUACGCCUUUGCCUCCAUGAUCAUCUCUGGUGACCAGGAGAAGACCCCAGUUGCCAACCAGGAGGUCACCGGUAUCUGGAUCUUCAGAGGAAAGGGACUCCCAGCCGACAUGGUCGACUGUGAUGACCAUCUCGUCUACGACUGGAAGGAGUUGGAUGUCUCUGUCCCAGAGAACCACACCCUCAUCGACGACUACUUCGCCUGGGAUGGUGCUCUCGGUGGUCGCAAGUUCAUCUCUGGAAAGCUCUACAAGUAA